AUUGGCUCGUCCAGGUUGAAGGAAAUCCGGUCCACACAGAAAAUAGUGAAGACGUUGUGCUAUCGGCUCCAAACGCUUCAGUCCUAGUUUUUGGGUUUUUUUAUCCAGCGGGGGCACUAGUUGAAAAUAAUUAGUAAAGGGAGACGCAAUUGCUGCAAUUAAAAUAGGUGUGCAUUUUUUUGUGUGUGUGUCUGUGUUUCUCCGCCCUCCCCGGAAAAGUGAAGCAAGUCGUCAUUAUUUUGUAUUUCUUUGGGUGACGUGUGGGUCGGAGCCCGUUUUCCCCGUCCUUGCUUCUGUCAGUGAAAGCACCGCGCGUCCCCGGACAUAAGCCCCGGGUUGCAGUUGGAUGCGCUGGAUCCCGGAUGCUCCCGGUGGUGUUCGGCCCCAACGUCAGAGGACUUCUCGGUGAGCGCGAUCGGAGCCGAGCGGACCCAUCGGGGCCUGGAGUCCGAGGAAUCCAGCGACCAGACUGGUUCUGUUGGUUCUGCAGCAUCGGGACGAGCGUGACACGACGGUGCUGCACCCUGAGGAACUGGAUAGCUCCCGGGCGGCUACAGGCGGACGAUGGCAGCGCUCCGUGUCUUGAUCCUGGGCUUGUUCUCAGGCUGGGCAGCGGGCUACAAGCAGGGGGACAAUGUGACUCUUUAUGUCAACAAAGUGGGCCCUUAUCACAAUCCUCAGGAGACGUAUCACUACUACACCCUGCCUGUUUGCAGGCCGGAGAAGGUGCACCACAAGUCGCUGAGUCUGGGCGAGGUGCUGGACGGGGACCGAAUGGCAGAGUCUUUGUAUCACAUCCGCUUCCGAGAGAACGUGGAGAGAAAAAGUCUCUGCAAGCUCACUCUGUCAGAAAAACAGGUGGACGAGCUUCGGGAGGCCAUCGAGGAGCUGUAUUACUUUGAGUUCGUCCUGGACGACAUUCCCAUCUGGGGCUUUGUGGGAUACAUAGAGGAGAGCGGCUUCCUGCCUCACAGCCACAAGGUGGGCUUGUGGACUCACCUGGACUUCAACAUCGAGUACAACGGCGACUCUGUGAUCUUCGCCAACGUCUCGGUGAAGGACGUCAAGCCCUUUCCCUUGGAGGAGGGGGCGGGAGCCGCGGUGGGCGGAGUGGGCGUGGGGGGCGGCAGCCUGACGGUCACGCACACCUACAGCGUCCGCUGGUACGAGUCCAACCUGCCCUCCUCUCGGAGAGGCGAGCGCCUCAGAGACUACUCGUUCUUCCCCAAAACCCUGGAGAUCCACUGGUUGUCCAUCAUCAACUCGCUGGUGCUGGUGGUGCUGCUGCUGGGCUUUGUCAUCAUCAUCCUCAUGCGGGUCCUCAAGAAUGAUUUUGCCAGGUACAACGUGGAAGAGGAGGGCGGCUGUGACGAUCUGGAUCAAGGAGAUAACGGCUGGAAAAUCAUCCAUACUGAUGUUUUCAGAUUCCCCCCAUUUAAGAGCCUGCUCUGUGCCGUUCUCGGCGUUGGCGCUCAGUUCCUGACCCUCGCCACAGCCAUCAUCGUCAUGGCGCUGCUGGGGAUGUUCAACGUACACCGGCACGGCGCCAUCAACUCGGCCGCCAUCGUCCUGUACGCGCUGACCAGCUGCGUGUCGGGCUACGUCUCCUGCAGCUUCUACACGCAGAUCAACGGGCAGCGCUGGGUGUGGAACAUCAUCCUCACGUCGUCGCUCUUCUCAGCCCCCCUCUUCCUCACCUGGAGCGUGGUGAACUCGGUUCACUGGGGGAGCGGCUCCACCCAGGCUCUGCCGGCCUCCACCGUGCUGCUGCUGCUGGGCGCCUGGGUGCUGGUGGGCUUCCCCCUCACCGUCAUCGGCGGCAUCGUGGGGAAGAACCGAGCCGGCAGCUUUCAGGCACCGUGCCGCACGCGCAACAUCCCCCGGCAGAUCCCCCCGCAGCCCUGGUACAAACACGCCGUGGUGCACAUGGCCAUCGGCGGCUUCCUACCGUUCAGCGCCAUCUCGGUGGAACUCUACUACAUCUUCGCCACGGUUUGGGGCAGAGAGCACUACACGCUGUACGGCAUCCUGCUCUGCGUCUUCGCCAUCCUCCUGUCGGUGGGCGCCUGCAUCUCCGUGGCCCUCACCUACUUCCUGCUGUCGGGCGAGGACUACCGGUGGUGGUGGCGGAGCGUGCUGAGCACCGGCUCCACGGGCCUCUUCAUCUUCGUCUACUCCGUCUUCUACUACCGCAACCGCUCCUCCAUGAGCGGCCUGGUGCAAGGCGCCGAGUUCUUCGGCUACUCGCUGCUGACGGCGCUGGUGUUCUCGCUGAUGCUGGGCAGCGUGUCGUUCUGGGCCUCGCUGGCGUUCAUCCGCUACAUCUACCGCAGCCUCAAGAUGGACUGAACUGGAGCCGGGCCGAACCGGCUGCCUCAGCAAAACGCACCGACAGUCACUCCAGACCUCCCGCUGUGUGACCGGGAGAAGAAACAGGGGCCUUGAACUUCCCAUGAAGGGUUAAUGAUGAACUUCCAAUAGAUUUUUUUUGGCUGAAUAAGGGAACGUUGGGGGGCAUUGCUGGGCAGAUGAAGGGACGUGUUGGGGUGUGGGAUUUAGGAAAAAGAUAUUUCACUCCAGAGGGACGGUUGGUGUCAGCUAGCAUUACGAGGAAAACAUUGUGACGCAGUGCACUGCAUCAUCCAGUACUUAUAGUCUGUCAACAAUGGGACGGACCACAUUGUUAUUCGCUGCAUUAUGCUGGCUAUUAAAAGUUAUAGAACAUCGAUAACCUGUAAUUCUGAUGUUGAUACUUGCAGGGAGUACUUCCACACCCAUGAAAACAGAAAUGUUUUGCACCGAGUCUAAAGCUGUUUUUGUCCCGACCGUUUGGAAGAAAUGAUGCCUUCUAGAUUUAAGAGCUUUUUUUUUUUUUUUUGCUAAAUGUUGGUGAGGGGAGCAAUAUUGUAAUUAUUCCACGGUCACCAUCAACUUUUGGUUCUGAUGUAAAUACUUUUUUCAAUAAAGUGCUUUUUAAUACAAAA